AUGGCGCACAUCUGUAUCAACGGUACAGAGCUUGAGUGUGUCGCAGGCUUUAAGUGUUUGGGUGUCCACAUCUCUGAGCACUAUCUUUGGACCCUCAACACUCUUGUUGAGGGUCGCCUGGUCAAGAAGAGAGGAGAGGAGACUGAAGAAAGUCACUCUGUCUACACAGAUUACCUGGCCCCCUGCUAUAAAGAGCUGGGCCUCCCUCCCAUCUUUCUCAGAGAUCCUGUAGAGAAGCAAAUGGCUAUGGCUAACGAGUGGCUGCUAUGGCUGGCCCUGUCUGCCGUCGUAGCUGCUUGGCACAGCGAGGCAAAGUCUGCUGUGAACACGUUCGCCUCCAUGUACCAGAUUCCUGAAAAAAUAACAGGUGAGCUUGUUGGUUGUUGUACGGCCGCUGUUGUGGUAUCAUGUCCUGUCUCUGUAGGCGUGAGUCCCAUCCACAACGGCCAGGUUUGCAGUACAUGGGGCGACUUCCACUUCAAGACCUUUGAUGGAGAUGUUUUCCAGUUGCACUCCAGUUGCAACUAUGUCCUGACCUCUUCAUGCCGGAGCAGUUACAACGACUUCAACAUCCAGUUAAGAAGACAGGAGUCUGGUGGCCAUCACACCAUCAAAAGCAUCAUUAUGAAGCUGGAGGGCUCAGUGGUGGAGCUCUCUGAGGGCUCUGUGAUCGUUGAUGGACAAUCAGUCAUCCUACCAUUCGGUCAAGCAGGAGUGCUCAUCGAGAAAACUCCCACUUACAUCAAAGUCAAAGCAAAACUGGGAUUAGUUGCUAUCUGGAAUGAGGAGGACUCUUUUCUGGUGGAACUAGACCUGAAGUACAAGAACCAAACAUGUGGACUUUGUGGAGACUUUGAUGGGGUUCAGCACAAUGAAUUCUACAGUCACGGUGUGAAAAUAUCCCCUGUAGAUUUUGCUAAAUUCUGGAAAAUGGAUGGUCCAACUGAAAGCUGUUCUGACUACACCCUGGAAUCAACUCAAAGCUGCGACAACAUGAAACCUCUGUGUGAGCAGAUCCUUACAGGGCCAGCAUUCAACAGCUGUGACAGUCUGUUGGACAUUGCCCCCUUCACUUCGGCCUGUGUUGCGGACCUCUGCUACUGCAACAAUUCCAUAGAAGGACACACAGACCCCUUCUGCCUGUGCAACACUGUGUCAGAGUUCUCCAGACAGUGUAGCCAUGCCGGUGGAAAACCUCUCAACUGGAGAACCAAGGAGCUCUGCUGGAAGUCAUGUCCCAACAAAAUGGAGUACCAGGAGUGUGGGAGUCCCUGUGCUGAUACCUGCUCCAACCCAGAGGCCAGCCAAACCUGUGACAACCACUGCUUAGAUGGAUGCUUCUGCCCCGCAGGCCUGGUACUGGAUGAUUUAAACGGAAAGGGUUGUGUCCGGAUGAACGAGUGCUCCUGCAGCUACAACAGCAAGAUCUAUGGACCUGGGGAAUCCUACUCCAGUAACUGCAAAAAAUGUGUGUGUGAGAGUGGACAAUGGAAUUGUAAGGAGGAAAACUGUCCAGGAAUGUGCUCUGUGGAGGGCGGGGCUCACAUCAACACCUUCGAUGGAAAAGACUACACCUUCCAUGGAGACUGCUCCUACGUCCUGACAAAGGACUGCAGAGGAGACCAGUUUAUGGUUCAUGGACAACUGGUGCAGUGUGGAUUAACUGAGAGUGAAACCUGCCUCAAGUCUGUUACCUUGGGUCUGUCUGGAGGGGCUCAUGUGAUCACCAUCCAGCCCAGUGGCAAGGUCUUUGUGAACGGCAUCUACGCUCAGUUACCCUUCUCUGCUGCUGGGAUCUCCGCCUUCAAAGCGUCCUCCUUCUACCUGCUGGUGCAGACGUCUGUUGGUGUUCUGUUGGAGGUUCAGCUCCAGCCAGUCAUGCAGCUCCACGUCACAGUGACCAGUGACUACCAGGCCAAGACCUGUGGUCUUUGUGGGAACUUCAACAGUAACCAAGCUGAUGACUUCCUUAAGCUCAGUGGAGUUCCAGAUGCCACAGCAACCGGUUUUGUCAACAGCUGGAAGACACAUGCUGGUUGCCCUGAUGUUAAGAGCAACUUUGAGAAACCCUGCAGUCUUAGUCUGGAAAAUGAGAAAUACGCCCAGCACUGGUGCUCCAUGCUGAGUCACCCUGAAGGAGUGUUUGCCUCUUGCCACUCUGAGAUUAGCCCUGACUCGUACAAAGAGAACUGCAUGUAUGACAGCUGUAACUGUGAGAACAGCGAGGACUGCAUGUGUGCUGCGGUCUCCUCGUAUGUCCAUGCCUGUGCAGCAGCAGGAAUCCAGAUGAGCGGCUGGAGGAAGACCAUCUGUGGGAAAUAUGCCAGCUCCUGCCCCAGCAGCAUGAUCUACUCCUACAACAUCACGUCCAGCAGCCAAACCUGCCGCUGCUUCAGCAGCACAGACCUCAGCUGUCACUUCUCCUUCCCGCCCAUCGAUGGUUGUAUCUGUGCAGAGGGAACCUAUCUGGAUGACACUGGGAAGUGUGUCCCAUCUCAGGAGUGUCCCUGUUAUGACAAAGGCUCUGUGGUGCCUGCCGGACAAGUCGUCAACAAGGACGGGGUCAUGUGCACCUGUAAGGAGGGCAAGCUGGGCUGCAUUGGGGAAAAUAAAUCAUUUCCAAUAUGUCUUUUCUCAGUGGCCUGUGCUCCUCCCAUGGUGUUCUUCAACUGCUCUGAUAAUGGUCUGGCUGCAAAAGGAACGGAGUGUGAGAAGAGCUGCAACACAUUAGACAUGGCCUGUGUGACCACAGAGUGUGUGUCCGGCUGUACGUGUCCAUCUGGCAUGGUGUCUGAUGGUAAAGGAGGCUGCAUCCAUCCAGAGGCCUGUCCCUGUGUUCACAAUGGUGUGUCUUACGAGCCUGGACAAACCACAAAGGUGGAAUGCAAUACCUGCACUUGUAAAGACAGGAAAUGGGAUUGCACUACCAACCAGUGUGAUGGAACCUGUUCGGUCUAUGGCGCUGGACAUUACAUGACUUUUGAUCAGAAGCGCUUCACCUUUGAUGGCAGUUGUGAAUACAUUCUCACUCAGGACUACUGCGGCAGUGCUCAGAGUAAUGGAACCUUCCGAGUGCUCACUGAGAAUGUUCCUUGUGGAACAACAGGAACCACCUGCUCCAAGAACAUCAAGAUCUUCCUUGGGACUGCAGAACUGCUUUUAACAGAGGGAAGCUAUCAAUUGCUUUCAAGUGGAAAUGAAGAAACAGUUCCAUUCCAGUACAACACUAUGGGCAUCUACCUGGUAAUUGAAGCUAACAAUGGACUCAUUUUCAUGUGGGACAGGAAGACCAGCUUGUUCAUCAAGCUCAGCCCAAAAUAUAAGGGUCGUGUAUGUGGACUGUGUGGCAGCUAUGAUGACAAUGCAAAUAAUGACUUCACCACAAGAGGCCAUGCUGUGGUUGUCAACCCACUUGUUUUCGGGAACAGCUGGAAGGAUUCGCCAAGCUGCCCUGACGCUCAGAGCAUCACCAACCCCUGUACAGCAAAUCCAUACAGACAGGCCUGGGCCCAGAAACAGUGCAGCAUGAUACAGAGUGACGUCUUCUCUGCCUGCCACUCCAUUGUGGAUCCUGCUCCAUUUUUUGAAGCAUGUGUGUUUGACUCAUGUGCUUGUGACACGGGUGGAGACUGCGAGUGUUUCUGCACUGCUGUGGCUGCUUAUGCUGAAUCCUGUAAUCAAGCUGGCAUCUGUAUACCAUGGAGAACCCCAAAGAUCUGUCCUCUUUUCUGUGAUUACUACAAUCCCCCUGGUGAAUGUGAAUGGCACUACAUGCCAUGCGGAUCUCCUUGUAUGAAAACCUGCAGGAACCCCUCAGGCAGCUGCUCUACACAGAUACCUCCACUAGAAGGUUGCUAUCCAAAAUGUCCUCCUGCGCAACCCUACUUUGAUGAGGAUACAAUGACAUGUGCUUUGAGAGAACAAUGUGGCUGCUACGAUAAAGAGGGGAGACACUAUAAUAAUAGUGCCAAAGUGCCAACAACUGAAAACUGUCAAACAUGCUUCCCUACACUGGGAACUCCAGGAGGAGACAAUGAAACCUACGAAAAGAUUAGAGAGGCAGGGCACAAGAUAUGUGCCAAGCCAAGCCAGAUCCAAUGCAGAGCUGAGAAAUUCCCUAAUGUCACCAUUGACAAUGUGGGACAAGUGGUGCAAUGUAAUCUGGCUGAGGGGCUGACAUGCAGAAAUGAGGACCAGUUGGGACAGCUGGCCUUAUGCUUUAACUACCAAGUCAGAGUUCUGUGUUAUGCUGUGGAUGUCUCAACUCCUUCAACACCUUCCACAACAGUUCCAACUACUACACCUUCAACUACGCCAACCACCACAUCACCCAAAACUACUAAAACGACCAUCCCUCCUGUUACCACAACUGAAACAAUAACUACAAGUCAGCCACCUAUAACUACACCUUGCCCUGGGGGACAUGAUAUGACAUGUGGUUGGUCAGAAUGGAUUAAUCUUGGCAAGCCGACAUCAGGCCCUGAUGGUGGAGAAGAUGAAUCCAUCCAGAAAAUAAUCUCUGCUGGUUAUCAUGUAUGCUCAGAUCCUGAAGAAGUCCAGUGUAGAGCUGUCCUUUACCCCCACAUGUCCAUGUCACAGAUGGGUCAAACUGUGACUUGCAAUAAAGAAGUUGGGCUCAUGUGCAUUAACAAACAACAAGGGCUUCAGCAACAGUGUUUUGAUUAUGAAAUUCAAUUGAAAUGCUGUGGAUGUCCAACUCCGUCAACUCCUUCAACACCUUCCACAACAGUUCCAACUACUACACCUUCAACUACGCCAACCACCACAACUUCUACCACAACACCGGUUCCAACUACUACACCUUCAACUACGCCAACCACCACAACUUCUACCACAACUACAUCACCCAAAACUACUAAAACGACCAUCCCUCCUGUUACCACAACUGAAACAAUAACUACAAGUCAGCCACCUAUAACUACACCUUGCCCUGGGGGACAUGAUAUGACAUGUGGUUGGUCAGAAUGGAUUAAUCUUGGCAAGCCGACAUCAGGCCCUGAUGGUGGAGAAGAUGAAUCCAUCCAGAAAAUAAUCUCUGCUGGUUAUCAUGUAUGCUCAGAUCCUGAAGAAGUCCAGUGUAGAGCUGUCCUUUACCCCCACAUGUCCAUGUCACAGAUGGGUCAAACUGUGACUUGCAAUAAAGAAGUUGGGCUCAUGUGCAUUAACAAACAACAAGGGCUUCAGCAACAGUGUUUUGAUUAUGAAAUUCAAUUGAAAUGCUGUGGAUGUCCAACUCCGUCAACUCCUUCAACACCUUCCACAACAUCACCCAAAACUACUAAAACGACCAUCCCUCCUGUUACUACAACUGAAACAAUAACUACAAGUCAGCCACCUAUAACUACACCUUGCCCUGGGGGACAUGAUAUGACAUGUGGUUGGUCAGAAUGGAUUAAUCUUGGCAAGCCGACAUCAGGCCCUGAUGGUGGAGAAGAUGAAUCCAUCCAGAAAAUAAUCUCUGCUGGUUAUCAUGUAUGCUCAGAUCCUGAAGAAGUCCAGUGUAGAGCUGUCCUUUACCCCCACAUGUCCAUGUCACAGAUGGGUCAAACUGUGACUUGCAAUAAAGAAGUUGGGCUCAUGUGCAUUAACAAACAACAAGGGCUUCAGCAACAGUGUUUUGAUUAUGAAAUUCAAUUGAAAUGCUGUGGAUGUCCAACUCCGUCAACUCCUUCAACACCUUCCACAACAGUUCCAACUACUACACCUUCAACUACGCCAACCACCACAACUUCUACCACAACACCGGAAUGGAUUAAUCUUGGCAAGCCGACAUCAGGCCCUGAUGGUGGAGAAGAUGAAUCCAUCCAGAAAAUAAUCUCUGCUGGUUAUCAUUCACCCAAAACUACUAAAACGACCAUCCCUCCUGUUACCACAACUGAAACAAUAACUACAAGUCAGCCACCUAUAACUACACCUUGCCCUGGGGGACAUGAUAUGACAUGUGGUUGGUCAGAAUGGAUUAAUCUUGGCAAGCCGACAUCAGGCCCUGAUGGUGGAGAAGAUGAAUCCAUCCAGAAAAUAAUCUCUGCUGGUUAUCAUGUAUGCUCAGAUCCUGAAGAAGUCCAGUGUAGAGCUGUCCUUUACCCCCACAUGUCCAUGUCACAGAUGGGUCAAACUGUGACUUGCAAUAAAGAAGUUGGGCUCAUGUGCAUUAACAAACAACAAGGGCUUCAGCAACAGUGUUUUGAUUAUGAAAUUCAAUUGAAAUGCUGUGGAUGUCCAACUCCGUCAACUCCUUCAACACCUUCCACAACAGUUCCAACUACUACACCUUCAACUACGCCAACCACCACAACUUCUACCACAACACCGGAUGGUUCCAACUACUACACCUUCAACUACGCCAACCACCACAACUUCUACCACAACACCGGUUCCAACUACUACACCUUCAACUACGCCAACCACCACAACUUCUACCACAACACCGGUUCCAACUACUACACCUUCAACUACGCCAACCACCACAACUUCUACAACACAACACCGGUUCCAACUACUACACCUUCAACUACGCCAACCACCACAACUUCUACCACAACACCGGAUGGUUCCAACUACUACACCUUCAACUACGCCAACCACCACAACUUCUACCACAACACCGGUUCCAACUACUACACCUUCAACUACGCCAACCACCACAACUUCUACCACAACACCGGUUCCAACUACUACACCUUCAACUACGCCAACCACCACAACUUCUACCACAACACCGGAUGGAAAACUACUAAAACAACCACCACACCUUCUACCACAACUGAAACACCGGGUACAACUCAGCCACCCAAAACUACUAAAACGACCGUCCCUGCUGUUACCACAACUGAAACAAUAACACCUUCCACAACAGUUCAAUCUACAACACCUUCAACUACGCAAACAACCACAACACCCUCCACCACAAUCGAAAGAAGGACUACAACAACUGCAACUUCUACAAUCACGAUACUGACCUCAACUGAGAUAUCUAUAGUGACAGGAGAAACCACUCAUCCACUUACUAGCCCACUUUGCCAUUGCUUCCAUAAUGGUACAUACUUCAACCCCGGCUCCAUAGUCUACAAUGUGACGGACAAUGAUGGCUACUGUUACUUAGGGCGCUGCGAUGAGAACUGUCAAAUAGUAUCCGAAGACAGACUUUGUUAUCUGGACUGUCUUAAUCCUCCAAGUCAGAAUGGUGAAACUUGGAAGGUGAGUAACUGUGUAAACGGAACAUGUAUUGAUGGAAAGGUGAUCCAUACCUCUAAAGAGUGUCCACCUCAAAAGCCUGUAGUGUGCGCAAAUAAUUUCCCUCUUGUCAAAGUGUCGGAUGAUGAUGGAUGCUGCUCUCACGAUGAAUGCCAAUGUAUUUGCUACGGAUGGGGAGACCCCCAUUAUGUCACCUUCGAUGGAACUUACUAUGAUUUUCAAGGCAACUGUUCCUACUGGCUGGUGAAAGAGAUCUUGCCCAAAUACAACUUUAGUGUUAUGAUUGAUAACAAGUACUGCGGGGAUGGCUUGUCCUGUCCUCAGUCCAUCACUGUCUUCUACAAAAGCAACAAGAUCUUUAUCACACAAAAGGAUAUCAAUGGCACUUUCUUAAAUCAGGUUUCUCUGAAUGACAAGCGUGUAAGUCCUGCGUACCAGAAUGGUGACUUCCGUAUAAUCACCACCGGCAUUGAAACAGUGCUUGUCAUCCCUAAAAUCGGUGCCAGAGUCACUUUCUCAGGGCUUAUUUUCAGUAUCUACCUGCCCUAUAGUGAAUUUGCCGGAAACACCCAGGGACAGUGUGGUACAUGUGACAACAACCGGACAGAUGACUGCAUGUUGCCCAGUGGAAAAAUAGAUCCAUCAUGUCCUGAUAUGGCACACAAGUGGCAAGCCAAUGACAGUUACUGUGAUCGAGUUCAGCCUACACCUACACCUGCGCCUGAUUACUGCAAUACAAGCAUCUGUGAGAUCAUCAAAAGCAGUGUGUUUGAACGUUGCCACAAUAUAGUUGACUACACUCCAUUUGUUACGGCCUGUGAGUUUGACAUUUGCCAGUUGCACAUUAAAUACAUUGGCUGUACCAGCUUACAAACCUAUGCUGAUGCCUGUGCUGAGUCUGGAGUGUGUAUUGACUGGAGGAGUGCCACCAAAGGAAUCUGUGAAUAUAAAUGCCCGAGUCCCAAGGUGUAUCACGCCUGUGGCCCUCAGGUGGAGCCUACCUGUGAUUCCUGGUAUAACCAGAAAUUCAUCUAUACUGAAAGUGUAUUCAGUGCCAUGACACAAAUGCAGCUGGAGGGUUGCUCCUGCCCAGAUGGAACCACCCUCAUCUCAUCCAGCAUUGAUGAAUGUGUGCCCACUUGUGAAAUUUGUCGGCUGCCAAAUGGAAAAUGGAAACUUGCCAAUUCAACAUGGAUAGAAGACUGUAAGGAGUGCAUAUGUGAGGAGGGCACAAUGCAGGUCAUCUGCCGUCAUGUGUCCUGUCCAGCCGAGCCAUCCCUAAGCUGUGACCAAGAGGGUCAGGUUGAGGUCACUGUUGGCUGCUGUCAAAAGUGUGAGUGUAAUAAGAUGCUGUGCCCUGCUGCGCCCAUCUGUCCUGUUGGUUAUACUCAGAGCAUCACUAAGGGAGUCUGCUGUAACAAUACUUCCUGCGAGUCUAAAAAUGUGUGUGUUUUCCAAAACAAUGAAUAUCAGAUUGGAGACCUGGUGCCCAUGAAGCCAUGUGAGAAGUGCAGUUGUAGUAAAAACAGAACAAUAGAAUGUCAGCCGACACCAUGUGACACACACUGCCCUGUGGGUUUUGAGUAUCAGAUCAUUGCUGGCCAGUGCUGUGGGAUUUGUCUCCAAACAAGCUGCGUUGUAGCGCUGUCAAACUCCACACACACAUUAAAGCCUGGCACCUUUUGGAGUCCUGCUGAGAACCCCUGUGUGAAGUUUGAGUGUGUGAAGAUCGCUAAUCAGUUCAUCACCAUAGAGGCCAAGACCAUGUGUCCUCUAUACGACCCUAAAGAAUGCAUACCGGGAACAGAGACCAUAGCUCCCGACGGAUGCUGCCAUGUCUGUAUUCCAAGGGGUCGUUCAUGCAACGUGUCCACCACUACUGUGUACCUGGAGAGCCAGGGCUGCCACGCCAAAGAAAUGGUCAAUGUGACAUCCUGUAGUGGAGCAUGUGGCACCUUCACCUUCUACUCUACCAAAAUGAGAGCCUUGCAGCACACCUGCUCCUGCUGCCAGGAGGUUGCUACAUCUGAGCGGAAGGUCCAGCUGUCCUGCCCUGACAACACAGAGAUUAGCUACACCUACAUCCACAUCGACACCUGCGGGUGCCUCAAGACAGAAUGCUCUGUGCCUGGCCCCAGCAAGCUGGCGAGUACUACCUCCAACGUCAAGUCCCGUCGACGCAGGAGAUGAGGCAAAGACCAGGACAACCACAUGAAUUUGCCACUGAUGUAAUGAACAAGAAUGAAUAGGACCAUAACUGAACAGUCAUAAUUGAAUCAAUAUUAACAUCAUAUGCAUAUAUAAUUACUGUAUUUAUGUCUAAUGUAUUAGCAUACUUAGUUUUAGCUUGAUAAGAUUAUAAACCCACAAAGGAACGCAUUAAUAAAGAUCAUACUGU